UUCAUCAACUGAACCUUUAACAUUAUCGUUGUGAUUAUUAUCCUCAUUAUCCUGGCAUUUCCAACAUGACAGUUUCAAUUUUUCUUUUCUUUUUCUUCUCUUUUCUGCAAUACAUUAAUUUUCCAAUUUCGUUUUUUUUUUCCCAAUUUCGCAUGUUUCGAUUUGUUCAAUACAAGGAAAUUAGAGUUCCUUCUAGCUUUUUCUAACUUUCUUUCAUUGCGUGUUUCUCAUUGCGUUUGCACAAUGUACACAUAUUACAUUCUCUCCCUGCUUCGUUUCUGAAUUUUUUUUUAUUGUUUCGAUAUUCAUUCGUAUUCCAGUGCUACUGUAUAUUCAUUAAUUGAACGAUACUAUUGUCAAAAUAAGACGUACGGACUAACCUUACUUUUGAUCCUCAGUUGAGAGGUUAGUCGUCCAAGUUCGUCAAUUACGGCAUACGAUGCGAACGUAUUUGUAGAACUAGACACCCCUUCUUGUUGCACGACAACCUUGUUGUAUGUAGACGAGUUUCACACCUGACGAUAAUUUUGUGAUAAUUUUGUCGCUUGUAUAUUCCUUGACGAGCACGAGCGACGAGUGUUUCGAAUAACCAACAAAUAUGGUUCGUAUUAUGCUCGUUUUCAGACAUGUUAUCGAAAAUAUCGAUAUAUAUCGAUAUCAGUACGUUGUGAAUGUGAAAGAAUCAAGUUCUCAAGUAUAUACAUAGAGAGGUGUGCAGUAGUUUGACGGUUUUUAACUAAUCAGCUGAUGAUCGGGAAACCAUACUCGAUCUGAAAGUAAUUGUUAUUUAACCGUUUUGACAACGAUAUUUGCUCAGUGUUACUAAGCAAUUGCUCAUUCGUGUUCCACCUGCAAUAUGUGAAAUUUGUGAAAAUGACUGGUAUAAUCACCUUGUGUAUGACUUGUUUUAUUAUCUAUUGCAGUUUCACCUGGGUGAUACCAAGGUUUUUAGCAUGGUUAGUAAAGAGACGAUACAAGAUUUAUCUACGUGUUGGUCAUAUUUCACUACCGUUCAUAUUACGGGAUGUGAAUAUAUCGAAAAAUGGUUUCACAUUGCAAGUGGAUGAGAUCAGCGUACGAAGUAGCCUAUUUAGCAGUGACGUUGCAAAACUUUUAGCUGUGAUUAUGAAGGAUGUUAGAAUUAACAAGGACGUUCCGAUGGAACCUGUACAAAUAGUAAGCAAGCCAAAGAACCCAGUGGAUUUUCGAGACAAGAAAAUUCCGUCAAUAAUUAUAACUUUUGUACAAUUUAUGGCUGUGCAUGUAGAAAACUUAAGUCUUCUGAUUUUGGGUAACGGUUGGUUAGCUAAUGGAAGUGCCGAAAGUCUCACUUUGGAUGGUAGUGUUGUUCACGGAGCUCGUACUCUUCUUGCAUCUGCAGCGAUCAUUGGUGGUGCCAUGAAAUUGUUACGUCAUGCGUCCGAUGCUUGCCUCUCACAGAUAUCAUUUGCUGGAACAGCCGAAGCAACACUGAAAGCCCAAGGAGAAUUUUCGGUAGAGAAAUUGUACAUCGGAAUAACGCAGACAGAGGGUUCUGGAGGGGCAGGUCUCGUUACAUUCUUCAAAGAUAGAAGUUUGUUAAUUGAUACGGCAUCUUCGUAUUCAGAUGCACAUGUCGACUCUUCUAUUGAUCUCUUAUCUCGGUUAGCACCGGUUAUACCGAAGGAUUUUUGCCUGAAAAUAGGCAAUUCUUCUAUAAUUACGGGCGGAGAAGAUGGCGUGGUUCUUGGCUUAGAAGGUACAAUGAAGGGUUUGCAAAUUAGUACGAAAUUUCAACCAUGUAACCCGCUAUUAAAUUUCACUUUAAAUUUGGAUGGAUUAUCAAUUCGCAGCAAAUUCCCUGUUCUGACAUUACGAUCGUUAAUUGUAAAUUCAAAGAUGGAGCAAGGCAUUUUACAAAUUGCCAUACAAAUUAAUAAUCUUUCUAUUAUCUACGAUCACAAAGACUGGGAGUCGAUAUUGUGUAAUACCGAUAACGAAAUUUCGAGACCUGUCGGUAGCAUAACGUUAAAGAAUAAAUUGCCGUGGUUAGAUGUAAGAGUAAAUACCGAACUCUAUGACUCGUCGUUGUGCAUCAAAUUAUUAGACGUCCACGAAGCUUCGUGCGGCGUAGCUCACAUGAAAUUUUCAUUAAACACACUUGCAGAUAUGAUUGACAAUUGGAACACAGAGUUAGUAGUAGAAUCUCUGUAUUGUACCUUAAACGGUUCUAAUGCCAUUACUUUGGAAACAUCUCAUCGAUGGGGAACGCCUUUGUCUAUCGGAGUAUUAUUAGCUACGACACGUACCAACGCUAUAGGAAUUGCCGUUGACGCUCUUGUAACCGAAUGGAGUUUGGAACUUGCUAGAUUUCUCAAAGAAGCAUACAAAUGUUGCCAAAUGUACAACAGAAAAAUCGAAACAAUGAAAAAGGCCAAAGAAUCGGAUAGCGUUGUUCAAUUAAAUCUCAAGGUUACAAAUUGUAAUUUAUUUUUUAUUGCGGAAAACAAUCUGUCUGUCAUGAUGCGUUUGGAUAUUGCAAAUUUGGAGCACAAUACAAAACGAUUGGUGGCGGUAGCAGAGGGUGUUAGCGCAAUCACGUUAAAUAAAAACGAACCAAUUGUCUGUCAGCACGCGCAAGCAUUGGUGCAUCCGUUCUUAGCAAUAAGAAAAUGCAAAGGUGCGGUUACAUCUGAAGCGAUAAAUAUUACUUUGGACGGUACCAGUCUAGCAUGGAGUCCGAAUUUACAUCUUCGCCUUUUACAACUUUGGCUGGAAUCUGCAGAUUUUAGAUCUAUCAUAAAUAGAGAUUCAUCGACGACACGAUCGUGUCAAGAUAAAGACAUUGGUAAACAGCAAAAACGAUUAGUAGAUAUACUGGCUACUAACGGGAUUAGUCUAUCUAUAGAUAUUUCUCCGAAACACUUUUUAGAACUUUCCUCGGACCAGUUGCGUUGGUCACAAGGAGAGUGGAGACUGAAUUAUAUGCGAGCUACUUUAGAUAUGGCCGACAUAAUUAUGUUCGAAGGAUUUGAAUUAAUCAGAAUAUUGAGUAACGAAGAGGUGCUACUAGAGCGACAGAGUAACGAAGGUUUUGUCCUGGAUUGGAACGAAACUUGGAUGCUCAACAUCGAAUCGGUAAAAGCUUGCUUUCCUUACGAACAUCAGUUUACCGACGCAAUUCAGAACGAAUUGUUCAGUAUAAAGAAAUGGUUGAAAGACAUUCAUUCCUCCUCAUCGUCGUCAUCAUCGUCGUCGUCGUCGUCGUCGUCGUCGUCGUCGUCGUCGUCGUCGUCGUCGUCUUCGUCCUCGUCAUCGUCUUCGUCAUCGUGUUCUUCGUCGUCAUCGUCGAGUCAAAGAAAGGAAAGAUGUUUGCCGUGCGAUUUAAUUAUAAAAAUCAAAGAAUGGGUAUUCGAGGUAAGCGACGAUCCGUUUGAAGUACGCUUGCGAGAUAAUUACGAAUUAUUGGAAGACGAAUAUAAAGAGAGCUUAAAGAGGCAAGCGAUGCUCGACACCAAAGUGCAGGAACUCUGCCGAGCGCACUUGUUGCUUCCUCAAGGCAAAGUCGAGGAACUGUACGUCAGUCUGAACAAAAAGAAUGCCGAGAUAUACGUGCAACGAUGGAAACAGAUGCAGCGUGCUGGCCCAGCCAGAACACGAUUGUUCGCUUGGUCCAUGUCAGAUAUCGAGAUACUGGCGUUGGCCGAUCCGUCGAUAAAUGGAAUGGAAAACGCAACGAAGGCUCUUCGCGAGAUGGACGCGGAGACUCCCUGGCCAGAGGACGGCCUUGAAUUCAGCACCUUGUGGGUAAGGGGAAUAAGUUUGAAGUGCGCCGAAUGGAAAUUACAGUUGCGGGAUUUUCCGCAACCGUUGCUGUUGGUCGAAAGUUUAAGCGUAUGGGGUAGAUUAGCUGGCGCAGAGGCUCUGGCACCGCCGCGGGCCAGGCGAACUGUGAGAAUAGAAAUCGGUGCUCCUUGGGAGGACAUUGUCGUAGAAAGAGGAAUGACGUCGUUGAAGUACUACCACGAUCUGAACUGGGACAUCGACAAGUUCAGAUAUGCGUUCGGUCCGUGUUGGGAGCCGGUGAUAGCGCAGUGCAACUUCAGUUUCGAGAAAAUUCUCCAUCCGUCGCGUGACCCGAGUCCUCCGCUGCCAUUCUGGGACAAAAUGCGACUGGCUCUCCACGGAAGGUUAACGCUUUGCGUAAAACAGUUGACAGUUUUGUUACACGGUUCGUUGGAUCCGUACAAUACCACGGAGGAGAUGGAGCUUACGUGGACAGGAUUGGAGCUCGACUGGACGCAGGGUAGAAUCAUCGUGAAAGGAGAUUUAGACGUUUACGUUCGUACGGCCAGCAAAUACGACGAUUGCAGAUUACUACACUUACCGAACGUACGUUUGAGCAUAAAAUUAGCGUGGGUUUGCUUAGGCGAUCCUAGAGAUCAUCACGCCGCGAUACCUUGCGCCCCAGACAGGUUGCCGGAAUAUUCGAGCAAUCAAGAGCACGACUCGUUCAGGGCGUUCCGCUCCCAAAAUUUGAACGUCAGCCUUUCUCUGGAGACGAAGCCAACCGGAUCUCCGGCUAUGGCAAGCGCGCCAACCGCUCUAUUGUACGGCAGCACUCUCAGAUGGUUUGAGAAUCUGAAAUUCAUCUUGUCCGGCGCGACAAGGCCGACGAGGAAAGGGCCGCUUUUCAAAAAUAUCAGACCUAGGAAGAAACAGCUGAGCAGGCAUUACAGAAAAGUUCGGCUGACAUUGGCCUUUCAUCAGUUUCACGUCAGUUACUGGAUGUCGUUCGCGAUGCAACGCGGUUUCGAGGUAACCGGUGGAAGAGUAGUGUGCAGCUGCGAGCACAACCUGUCCCUGCAUCCGAUCGGCGACGGGCUGAUACAUCGUCCGAGAGCGGAAUGGUCGGUCGUGUAUAUGAACUGCGAGCUCAGCGACGCAGAAAUUUGGCUGAAAAGCGCGCUUCACGAAGACAAGGAGAGCGCCUCGCUCCGACAACCGGUGGAAAAGUGUUACUGUUUGAGCGUGGCUCGCGUUAGCUACGGCAGAGAGGCAAUGGUAGCCGGUGUCACCGGAGGAGACACCCCCACUCAUAGGCUCGUCGUGCACGACUUGAAAGGAGCUUGGACAAAGACGAACAGAGACGUGGCCUUUGCGCUUUUCGACUCCUUCAUCAAAACUCAACAGCUGAAGAAGAAUUUGUCCACCGCAGCCUUGAAAGGCUUUCACAGAGAAAGUUCAACGCCGCACAAAAAUCGAACGAGGUCGAUCGAGGCGCAAAACGCGACCACUCAAGUGAACGCGACGUCCGCGACGAAGCCACAACAGGGAGAAGCCGUCGGUAUGUUACAGAGAUUGAUAGCCGAAGCUGCAAAUAAACCGGUCGCGUUUAGCGACGAUUUGUCGGUACAAACCAGGGGUCAACAAUUACGAGGUCUAGCAGCUUGUCAUCAAGACGACGUCCUUCACAAGAAUUGGCUAAUCGCCUUGGUAAACAGUCAAGUAUUACUGAAAGGCAUCGAAACGCGAGGUUACGUGAUCUUAUCCGCGGCUAAAGCCGAGAUAUUACAAAGAGUUCAUCAACCUGUAUGGAAAGAGAGAACCUUGGUAUCAAAGACGACCUGGGUCGGAUCGUUAGAAUGUAUGCAGUACUAUGCAACUGUCAGUGCCAACAUUGACGAAAAUAUCGACGAUAAUAUAAUGUGGUUGACGUUAGAUAACAUCCAAGAAAAAGAUUCGACUGUGAUAGCUGGUUUACCAGACGUGCCGGCAUUGGUUGGUUCAGGACAAAGCGUCGGUGGUGUUGUGAGUCAGACGGUUGGUGGUGGCGGUGGUCCUCAACACCAAUUACAACGUAUCGUCUCGAGAUGUAAAUGCGAAUUCUUCUACGUUGGCUAUGGACAAGCUUUGGACGUUGGCUCUGUCGAUCAAGUUCCACCUCCGCCGAGAGAGGAAGUCAGCCCGUGGGAAAGAAAAGACCUUUCGGCAGCUGACGCGUUCACGUUGAUGCAUCACGAUUUAGACGUUUGCACGAAUUCGCUGCAGUAUGCUAUGAUCUUGGAUAUCGUUAACAAUUUGCUGCUUUACGUAGAACCAAGGAGAAAGGAAGCAUCGGAACGUUUGCAGAGAAUGCGAUUUCAAUUGCAGUUGCACUCUGUUGAAGAUCAAAAACGUCCCAUUCAACAACUGCAGAACACCGUGCGCGGUUUGGUGGCGAAAUUAAGGAGAUUGGAGCGUGAAACGUACCUGGUGCAAAAAGCUCUCGCGGAGGAAUCCAGUCCCGAGUUGCUAGCAGAAAUGGAACGAUUGGAAACGAGAGUUUUCGAGUGUAAGGAACACCUCGGAGCGAAGGCGGAAGAACUCGACGUAAUGUUAAGCUGUUACAAGGAAACUACCGCGCCAACCACAGCUUCCACCACGUUGAAAGAUAAGCCGGCGGCAGUCGCAAGAGUGGCGGAAAUUUGCUUCAAACACGCUCAGUGGAGAUUAACGGACGCGGAUGGCCAAUUGGGAAUCGCCGAUCUUAUAUUAACUAAUUUUUUAUACACCAAAACAAGCAAAACCGACGAUUCGGUUGAACAUCUCCUAGAACUGGGAUACGUUAGGAUGACUAAUUUAUUGCCGAAUCAAAUCUACACGGAGGUGUUGACACCUACGGAAUUGCAAAGUAACAUGCCUGUUGAUAGGCAAAGGGCUCUUCGUGUUUUCUGCAGGGAGAAAGCGCCGGUUGCUGGGAUAUCCGUGAAAGAACAUUUCGAAAUUAAUGUCGUUCCAUUAACGAUAGGAUUAACGAAAAAGUUUUUCAACACGAUGCUCAAAUUCUGUUUCCCCGAGAGGGACCCAGAAGGAAUAGAAGAGCCACCCGCACCGCAACGAGAUUCCUCCUUUUACGUGCCAAUUGAAAGAAGGGACGAUGUGGAAAAGAUGAAAGAACGUGCAGACAAAAACAAAUUAUUUAUAUAUAUCAAAAUACCUGAAGUACCCGUUCGUGUUUCUUACAAGGGCAACAAAGAGAAAAACUUGGAAGAUGUUCGCGAUUUUGCUCUGGUAAUACCCACGUUAGAGUAUCAUAAUGUUACUUGGACAUGGCUUGAUCUCCUUUUGGCUAUGAAAAGUGAUUCUAGACGCGUAAUACUGAGUCAAGCUAUUAAACAGAAAUUGCAAAUCAAACCAAGAGGUCCGCAAGAAGAAUCCGCUCCGCAAGAGGAAGACAAAGCUCGACUUUUAUUGGGUGCUAGACAUCUACCGGGUGACGUGAGAAAGAAAGGUGUCUUUAAAUUUAAGUAAUUCUUCUGAAAUUUGUACUUGACGAAUUUUUUUCAUUUACACAAACGUACACGGAAUAACGAUAUUUAUUCUAAUAGAAUAUUUUAAUAAGAAAAUUGUUACUGCAUUGCCAAGUAUUUUUAUUAAAGCAAAGUAAUGUUUGUACGGUUUUUUAACCACUUA